GGCCCUGGCAGUCGUCACACUAGUGCCUCCUCCUCUCUCUCCUCCCCUGGCACAGCCUCCUGCCUCUGGCUCCGCCCCACAGCCCUGGACACAGUACACAGUACACAGAGCCCAGAGCUUGGGCCCCUAGGGGAACAAAAGGAACUGCCUGGAUUCCCAUGGCUAUGGCCAGCACCUUCAUACCAGGGCUGAACCCCCAGAACCCUCAUUAUAUCCCUGGGUAUACCGGACACUGCCCACUACUUCGAUUCAGCAUGGGCCAGACCUAUGGGCAGGUGACUGGUCAGCUACUUCGAGGAGUUCCUGGCCUGGCCUGGCCCCCUGCCCAUCGCACACUUCUGCCUCCCAUCCGGCCUCCACGAUCUCCUAAGGUUCCCAGGGGAAGCGUGCCUGUCAGGCGUGGGCAUGAAAGGCUCAGCUCCAGCAUGAUCCCAGGGUACACAGGUUUUGUACCCCAGGCCCAGUUCAUCUUUGCCAAGAACUGUAGCCAGGUCUGGGCUGAGGCUCUGAAUGAUUUCACUCAGUGGUCUGGGGGACAAGGGAGUCAAGAGCUGCCAAAGGAAGCCAAGGGAGAAAAAGACAUGGGGAAAGACCAAGAACUAAAGCCGGAGUCAGAGCUGGAGACAGAGAAAGAGCUGGAGCCGGAGCAAGAAGCAGAACAAGCUUCCCCCUAUUCCAUGGAUGACAAAGAUCCUCGCAAGUUCUUCAUGCCAGGCUUCACUGGUUAUGUGCCCCGGGCCCGCUUCCUCUUCGGCUCCACCUUUCCUGUACUCACCAACCGGGCACUGCAAGAAUUUGGACAGAUGUAUUCAGGGGGCAGACCCCAGAAGGAUCCCAAACAUCUUCCCCCACUUUCUAGGACCUACCCCCAGAACCUGGGCCUGUUACCUAACUAUGGGGGCUAUGUGCCAGGGUAUAAGUUCCAGUUCGGUCACACAUAUGGGCAUCUCACCCAUGAUGCACUGGGCCUCAGCACCCUCCAGAAGCAGCUCCUGGUAUAGGUACCUGGACUUCAAGUUCUGUCUUUUCUUCCUAUCCCAGCCUUCCUUUUGCAAGGAAGACAGGUGGGCCCUGGGUGGGGGACGGGGAAGGCA